CACACUCCGCACCGGCGCGAUCAGAGUGAACUAAGCAGUGUGUGUGAGAGACUGCUGCAGUGGGGAGGUGAGAUUCCAGGCUUCAUUUGGGACUAUCUGCACCAGCACACCAGAACGGGCACGACUCCGACAGACGAGAGGAGGAGAGGAGAGGAGAGAAGUGAAGAGGAGUGGAAGAGGAAGAGGAUAAACUGGCCACACUUCACUCAUCAGCCGUCCACUUCAAACGACAGAGACAAGAGGCCAAAGAAGAGAGAGAAGGAGCGAGAGAGAGAGAGAUAGAGCGAGAGAGAGAGAGGGAGGGAGGGAGAAAGAAGAGGAGAGGAGAAAGAGAGAACGAGAGAGGACAGGAGGAAAUGAUGUGAAAUGGUGACCAAAGGAAGGUGUGUCCUGAUGGUGCCACCCUGGGCCUUCUUCGUCGCCGUGCUGCUGCUGCUGCCCGCGCUACCCUGGCGGACGCUGGCUCUGUGUCCGCCGCCGUGCGCGUGUAGCGAGAGCCACCGCGAGGUGGACUGCUCCUGGCGCGGCCUGCGCCUCCUGCCCAGCGGCCUGCAGCACAACGUGCAUGCUCUCAACCUCUCGCACAACCGACUGACCGACCUGGACCGUGUGCUCAGCCCCUUCAGCCACCUGCGCUCCCUGGACGUGUCGCACAACCGCCUGAGCCGACUGCCCGCCGAGCUGCCCCGUUCCCUCUGGGAGCUGUGGGCGUCCGGGAACCGCCUCCGCCUGCUGCACAAGAACGACACGGCGUACCACUGGAACCUGCGGCUGCUGGACCUGUCGGCCAACAAGCUGGAGCGCGUGGUGUUCAUCAACAACACGCUGCCCGCUCUUCGCACGCUCGACCUGAGCCGCAACCGCUUCUGGACGGUGCCCACCAACAUCCCGCGGCACGUAGAGACGGUGGACCUGUCGCACAACACGCUGGUGCAGGUGCUGCCCGGCUCGCUGGACCAGCUGGGCCGGCUGCAGCGGCUCUACCUGCACGCCAACCGCUUCUCGGCGGUCAGCGAGGGCACACUGGAGCGGCUUGCGGCGCUGCGGCUCAUCACGCUGGGCGACAACCCGUGGGCGUGCGACGAGCAGCGGAACAUCAGCUACCUGCUGUCGUGGCUGCGCCGGACGCACGCCAGCGUGCUGGGCUGUCCCUGCCACACCUGGCACACCUGCGGCGAGACGCACCUGGCCACCACCCGCGGCUGGCACUACGCCUCCUACACGCCAGCUCCGCACACGCCCGGCAUGGACGCCGACGGCAGCCCCCCGCACGCCGACAACGACCUCGGACGCCGCCGCCAUCGCAACCGCUACCCCGCCCCGCCCAUGCGAGCCGUCACCGCCGGUUACUGGCCAGAGUCGGCCCUGCUGGACAUGCACCGGCCACGGGAGACGCUCGGCAGCACGGCGGACUACCAGAGCCGCUGGCCGCCCGGUGGGUUCUUGGUGACCUCGCCGCCCUCUGGCCUCUCAACGCCGGACGAGGCCUACACCACGCAGAGGUACUUCACUGCCAGCGACUACGACUCCACGGAGGCCGCCCUCACCACCAGCACGCGGAAGACCACCACACUCCGAACGCGCAGCGUCAAGAAAGGCAACCAGGGAAAAGUCCCAAACAGUGGCCACAGCCCAGAAGCCUCGUUGUCCAGCACACUGACCGCUAUGGUUUCACUCCUACUUGUGUUUGCAAUGGGACUUUGAACAUCAGAAACACAGCGGCGGUGAGUUUGGUGGAUGGUGUGUGUGUGUGUGUGAUGUAAAGAGCAAAGAGUUCGGUGGAUGGUGUGUGUGUGUGUGUGUGUGUGUGUGUGAUGCAUUGAAAGAGUUCAGUGGAUGGUGUGGGUGUGUGAUGUAUUGACAGAGUUCGGUGGAUGGUGUGCGUGUGUGAUGUAUUGAAAACAAUAAAGAAACUGAACAUCGAAAGUGGCGGCGAUGUGCGGUGGCCUUGGGAGUUUCCACCUGCUGCGGUGACAUUAAACAAGUACAGUUCCUGGAGACAUGAAGCGGCAGAUCAAGUCGGGUAUUACGCAUUGAGAAUAGAUUAAGACGACUACUACCUCUCUAACACGGUCUCGGGAGACUUACGAUAUCGGAGACGAUGCGGACAAUGAGUUUUGUUUACAGUGAAUACAGAGAAGACAUCAGUUCAAAGACAGAACUGCGUCUGUGGGUUGAAGAAAACAGUGAAUAUCAGACUAAAAACACUAAAUGCCCUGUUCAAGUAACUAAUGUAUGUGGUUUACAUAACAACGUGUGAGAUUCUUUACAGGUACAUGACUGACUGUGUAAUUAAACGAUUUCAUAUUCUUGUGAAUGUUGACAUUGAGUUUCUGAUUUUGGAAGGUUGAGGCAUUGAAGCUUGUACAAUGAAAUGAAUGAUGUCAUUACUUUGAAAUAAAUAAAAAGACAACUCCA